AUGUUUAACCUUUCCCUUCUUUCUUUUCUUCAUCUUUCUAAAUAUUAUCAUUUAAUCUCCGAUAAUAAAUUAUAUAUAUAUAUAUUUCGCUAUCGCUCUCUCACUCUCCCACGCUUUCUCUUUCUUUAUUUCUCUCUCUCUCUCCCUCUCUCUCUCUCUCUCUCUCUCUCUAUCUAUCUAUCUAUCUAUCAUACUCUCUCUCUCUCUCUCUCUCUCUCUCUCUCUCUCUCGUCGACUCUUCAUAACUAUCGAUCGAUUCAUAUCUAUCUCAGUUUGGUCACAUCUAUAUACCAAUUUUCCAUACUUCUCAGACUCAUUUUUAUUUCAUGUUGUUAUUUUUCCGAGUUAUUAAAUAUUUUUUCUCGUCCUUCCUUCCUUCCUUCCUUCCUUCCUCUAUACGAAGCCGUUCAUUUUUCUUUCCUUACCUUUACCUCCCUCUCCGUUUUUCUCCAACUCACUCUUUCUCCUUCUCCUUCUCCUCCUCCUCUUCCUCCUCCUCCUCCUUCUGCUACUAAUACUACUGACACUCGACUGGCGUCGCCUUUGUGUCAUACUGUCUACAAAUCCUUACUUUCACUUUCACUUUUACUAUCGAAAGACCUCUGUCCCAGCCAGAUUCUGGCUAAGUUGCCAACAUUUCUAUUCCAUACUUUGAUGUCAUUUGUUGCCGAGUGGUAUGUUUCCCCCCCCUCUCUCUCUCUCUCUCUCUCUCUCUCUCUCUCUCUCUCUCUCUUUCACAGAAAUUUUGUUCUUAUUGUUGUUUAUUCUUUCUUUUUUCUUCCUUCCUUUCUUUCUUUUUCCUUUUUGCUUUCUUUCUUCAUUUGGGACACACAUAAUGAAUUCAUAGAAAUUUUGUUCUUGCGGUUUUUUCUUUCUUUCUUUUUUCUUUUCUUUCUUUCUUUGUUCAUUUGGGAGAUGCAUAACGAGUUCACGAAAUUUCUUUCUUUUUCUCACUUUCUUUUUUCUUUCUUUCUUCAGUUCUUUCCUUUUCUUUCUUUCUCCCUUUCUAUACUUGGGACACACAACGAGUUCAUAGAAAUGUUGAACUUAUUGUUAUUUCUUUUCUCUCUUGCUUUUUCCCUUCUUUCUUGCUUUCUUUCUUUCUCCUUCUUUCUUUCUUUACUUGGGACACAUAACGAGUUCAUAGAAAUGUUGUCCUUUCUUACUUCCUUUUUUCUUUCAUUCUUUCUUUACUUGGAACCCCGACAUUUUGUUUCUUCCUUUUUCUUUCUUAUCAGUUUUCUUUCCCUUCCGCUUCGUUGGAAGGCAGAAGAACGUAAAUUUGGCGUGGGUUGUUCUCUAUACGUCUCUCCAAAUCAUUUCUUUUCUUUCUUUUUUCUUUCUUUCUUUUUUCUUUCUUUCUUUCUUUCGUUUAGCUUCGUUUUUCGUUUUCCUUUUCAAUUUCUUUCUUUCUUAGUCUGUCUGCUUAUCUAUCUAUCUAUCUAUCUAAGUUUUUCUUUCUUUCUGUGUUUCUUUCUUCCUUUCUAUCUUUUAGAUUCUUUCGUUUUUCGUUCUUGCUCCCUUGCAGUUUCUUUCUUUCUUUCUUUCUUUCUUUCUUUCUUUCUUUCUUUCUUUCGUGCUUUUUCUAUCAACUCCCAUUCUCCCUAUCUUAUCCCCCCCCCUCUCCCGCCUCCUUUACUUACAUUCCCAUACAAGCUCCCGGAAGUUGUUUGUUUUGGAGGUAUUUUUCAAUGUUUUCACACGAAACUGUCAACAUCCACCUGUCUGUUUGUCCGCCCGUUUUGUUUUCUUUCUUUUUUUUUUUUUUUCUGA